CCCCCGCCUCACUGUGCCUGCUACGGAGACCCGAGGGCACCACCUAAUCCUGUCUAGGCACUGAACCGUGCCCCCUUUUCUAGGGCACAGGUGGAGCGCGCUGCACCCAUCCAUGCCGAGGGGGAGGGGGAGCGGGAGCGCUCUGCUCUCCUCUCCGCCUACCUGUCUAUGGUACCCUAGAUUCAUGGGCUCGUGAGCGGCUUUCUAGUCCUGGCGUCUAUGAUCUGAGCCGAGGACGCCCCACGCCGUCUCUAUGGCUAAGGAAGGAAACGCUCUGACUCCCUGUAUCUCUAUGGUUCACGGAAGCGACGCUCUGGCCCCUCCCUAUGUCUCUAUGGCUAAGUCCGCCGCGAAUAGUUUCCCAAUAGGCGCUAGUUCCCUGAGAAGGAGUCCGGGGGAGAGUCCUAGCGGCUCCGCCCCUCACCCGGGGCUCUGCGGAACCAACCAAGAGCGAGCGGCGCGGGGGGAGCGUGUCCGUUGCUUGCGGGAGCGGCCGGGGAGCGGAGACAUGAGCACCAGGGAGGUGACCUGCAGGUAUUAUAUGCAAGGGGUGUGUCGUGAAGGAAGCAGGUGUUUGUUUUCACAUGACUUAACUACAAGCAAACCCUCUACUAUCUGCAGAUACUACCAGAAAGGACAGUGUGCCUAUGGAGCUCGCUGCAGAUAUGAUCACACCAGACCAUCUGGGUCUGGUGGUGCAGUGGGUACUGUGCCACCCAGCCUUUCUUCACCAUCGUUCAACAGCCCUAACCCUCUGCCAGAGCAUAACAUGCCUGUAAUCAAGAGCAAAACACAUGAGCCUGGAAAACGCAAAAAGAGAACAUUAGUGCUUAGGGAUAGAGAUUUAUGUGGUUUGAGUGAAGAACAGGUGAGACUCAAUACCGUGAGCGAUCCAGUGUGUUGCAGUGACAAAAAUGAAAAUCUGGAAGUGAAGCCCCAUUCGUAUUUAGAAGCUAUUUGCAGUGGGCUCGAAGAAGAUUCAGUGGCUGGAAGUUCCUAUACUGAUGGACAGCAGCUAUGUCCCUAUGCAGCAGCUGGGGAAUGCCAGUUUGGUGACCGGUGUCUUUAUCUCCAUGGAGAUGUGUGUGAAAUCUGUGAAUUGCAAGUACUUCAUCCCUUUGACCCAGAGCAGAGGAAGGCUCAUGAGAAGAUGUGCAUGGCAGCAUUUGAACACGAGAUGGAGAAGGCCUUUGCCUUUCAGGCAAGUCAGGACAAAGUAUGCAGUAUCUGCAUGGAAGUGGUGUAUGAGAAACCAUCAGCCUCAGAGAGAAGGUUCGGAAUCCUUUCCAGUUGCAAUCACACCUACUGUUUGUCCUGCAUCCGGCAGUGGCGGUGUGCCAAACAGUUUGAGAAUCUAAUCAUAAAAUCCUGCCCACAGUGCCGAGUGACGUCAGAGUUUGUAAUUCCUAGCGUAUACUGGGUAGAAGACCAAAACAAGAAAAAUAAGCUGAUUGAGGCAUUUAAGCAGGGAAUGGGGAAAAAGGCCUGCAAAUACUUUGAACAAGGAAAGGGAACCUGCCCAUUUGGAGGAAAAUGCCUUUACCUUCAUGCUUACCCUGAUGGGACAAGAGCUGAACCUGAGAAACCACGAAAACAGCUGAGUUCGGAGGGGACUGUGCGGUUCUUCAAUUCUGUUCGGCUUUGGGAUUUUAUUGAAGACAGAGAAAGUAGGACUAUGCCCCAUGCUGAAGAUGAAGUGACAGAGCUUGGAGAGCUUUUCAUGCACCUCUCUGGGGCAGAUCAAGAGUCUGCCACUCCUCAAUAAAGGGAACUAAGGAACAAAAGUUGUUUUCUUCUGUACAAGUCCAGCUACUUACUUGAAGGUUUUUAUAGCAAGCCAUGUAAAGUAAUGUGAUUUACUGGUGAGGUCUUUGUAGAACCUGUAUAUGAACAAUAAUACAGAAGGAUAUUAAAUAAAAGUAUGGGGGAAGGAAGCUUUGGGGGUGAUUUUGUGCAUACCUCUUAAACAGCAAGGGCCAAGUUCUUUAAUUGUUUGCAGUGUUAGGCCGAGGAGAUUAGAGAGGUAAUAUCUUGUCUCUCUGAAAGUAAAAGGCUGCAUAGUGAAAUGCACUAGUAGUAUAGCUAGAACAGAUAACCUAGUUAAAGUUAACCUGUAAUCUCAUUGUAAAGUGCAUCACAUUAGGAAGACAUGUACCUUACUGAAUUUUCCAGGCUGAUUUGCCCAAGACACUAUUGCAAAAGCCCUAGUCAGGAAAAAAAAAUGCAUAGAACUAACUAGAGGUGCUUGGUGAGACAACACUUCAACCAGCCUUGUUCCCACCACUGUUUCUUAGGCAUUAUUUUUAUACGCACACACCUUAUGAAAUGCCAACAAAACAGUGCUUACUGCAGUAAGUUCAUCCAUGGACUGAUCUACACAGACUCAAGUUGAGCUGACAUGGUUGCAGGUGUGGCUAUACCUGCGUUGUAGUAGAAAUCCUGCAUUUUGCUGUUAAAAUUGGAUUUUGUGCAAACUGAAAAAAGAACCAUAGCAAUAAGUUAGGAUAAUGGGAAGUAUAAGCAGGGUAAUCUUUGACACUAAUUGAUUGCAACUAGUGUAGUGGAGAGUGAAAGGAGUGUUUCAAAACUGCAGAUAUAUGCAAAAAUGAACAUUCUGAUCAAUCAUUUUUACUGAUUCUAGAAUGAAUUAGACUGGUCUGUAAUUCAAUAGAACAUGUUGCUUAAGGCCCUAGAAUUGCAAUGAUCAUUGUCGAUUUAACUAUCUACUGGAUUUCACUUUACAGAAGCAAAACUAAAUUUCUCUUAAAAUAAAAUAAUUUAUUCCAGAUGCAAUUUACAUGCAUCCCUUUGUCAGAUUUGAGAUGAAGUUAUAUAUCUUAGUCACUAUGGUGGUACAAAUAACCUCUGCAUGGUUGCAGUGGAACCCUUUACCCCCACUACUGAGUCAUUCUCAGACUUAUGAACUGAAAUCAGGCAGCAGCAGUGACCAAAAAAGCAAGUACAGUACAGUACUGUGUUGAAGGGAAAGUUUAAAAGAUUUGAUAAGUUAAGGAAACUUUCUGCACUUGUUUCAUUUAAAAGCAGCACACUUCUUCUGCAUAGUAAAAUUUCAAAGUUGCGUUAAGUCAAUGUUUGCUUGUAAGCUUUCAAAAAAAACACCAUAAUCUAUUUUUUAGAGUUAGGAACAACCUCCACUUCUGAGGUUCUACUCUCAUUCUAAUGGUGGCAGCUGGCUGCUUUCACUUUUGAGCUCAGUAGGUCUCUAGUUAUAUGUGCUCUAGCCAGAAGGUACUUCCUUUCUGGCCUCUGCUCUAAGUUAAAAGGGAGAAGCCAGAGAAUCUGUCAGUGAUUCUAGGUAUGUGUACACAUAUGCACCUAUUACUGAUUGAUGGAGAAAGGUAAUUACUUUCACUGACUUUGUGCAGCUUAUUCCUACAGAUGGUGAACUCACAAAAGUGAAUGUGUCUGGCUGAAAGUUUAGAUUAAAUGGACAGAGUAAACAAUGAAGUGCCAGCACUGCAGCCCAGAGGCUCUCAACCUUUCCAGACUAUUGUACCCCUUCUAGAAGUCUGCGUCUUACAUACCCCCAAGUUUCCCCUCAUUGAACUAUUUGCUUACAAAAUCAGCCAUAAAAAUACAAAAGUGUCACAACACACUAUUACUGAAAAAUUGCUUAACUUUCUCAUUUUUACCAUAUAAUUAUAAAAUAAAUCAAUGGGAAUAUAAAUAUUGUAUUUACAUUUUAGUGUAUAGAGCAGCAUACAUAAGUCAUCAUAUGAAAUUUUAGUUAGCUGUGCUGACUUCCCUAGUGCAUUUUAUGUAGCCUGUUGUAAAACUUGGCCAAUAUCUGUAUACAUUGAUGUACUCCCUGAAAGACCUGUGUAGGGUGACCAUUUUUCUUAAAGUAAAAAGGGGACAGGCUGGGGUGGCUCGGUACCACCCGCAAUGAGGCUGGGGGCGAGCUCUGAAGGCAGUACUGCCCACCAGUAUCAAAUUUCUCUGGGACAAAUUCCUGGUUUUGGUGAAAAAGUAGGGAGGGCCAGGAUAGCUGAAAAAGGGGACUAUCCGGACCAAAACAGGAUGUGUGGUCACCCUACCUCUGCGUACCCCUGGUUGAGAACAACUGCUAUAGCCAACAUCUUCAGUAUAAGAAGUUUUUCAAACAGAGCUUCGUGUACAAAGAAGGAGCAAGUAAAGGGGCACAGGGAACAGGUGGAGACAUAGAUAGUUAAUGACUUGAAGAGAAAGCUCACACUUACUCCCCUCAGAGGCAGCCUGCUACACCCAAUUUAGGAUAUUGGGAUUGCAUAUUUAGGACAAGCCUGAAGAUUUACAUGGCCUUCAUUAGGCACCAUUUUUAUCCAAAAUAAUACGUAAGUUUCAACUAUCUGUUCCACAACUAGAAAACGUGCAGUGCUGUCCCUUAGUUGUAGCUCAGGAUACUAAACUUAAUCUCACGGAGAAGGUUGUAAUUUAACUAUGUCUGGAUAGUAAGAUCAUGAUUACUAUGAAUCUUUUCCUGUGCCAGGCUCCUCCAAGUAUUUUUGACACAUUUAUGUUUCUACUUAUUUUAAUGCCUAGAGGCCCCCAUUAGAAUCAGGUCUGUACAACUACAGAAUAAAAUGGCAGUUCCUGUCCCUCCAGAAAUUACAAUCUAAACUGAGAAAAAUAGCAGGAGUAACAAACAAUGGGAGAGAGAAUGAAGGAAACAGCAACGAGAAUGUAUGCCAGCACAGACAAGCUACAUUCAGCAAGAUGGUCAUGCUUGUUGUACUGUAAGAUUAACAAUGUAACCAAGACUCCAUGCCAAUCAGUCAUCUACAGACCUUCAAACAUUCACUUUUUCUGUACAAACAACUGUGCCACUACCUUUCUGUGACUUCUUUUCAGCAUUCUGCUGCAUGUCAUUAGUUUUGCAUUAUUUCCAGUACUGAAAAACAGCUGCUCCCAUAAAAACCAUAUUAUAGGUAAGCAAACUGCAGCACUGUUCUGUUUUUGUUUGCUUUAAUUUUGAAAUCCUUUAAGCAAGACAAUUCCUUAUUUAUCUUUGUCAGCAAGGAGGCAGGAGAUGCCAUAUACUGUAGUAUUUAUUAAACAAGACAACUAUGGCUAAAUUUUCAAUGUCAUCUAGGGAAUUUUGAUGCCCAAUUUUCAUUAAAAUUAGCAUCCAAAUCCCCUUUAGAACAUCUCAGCAUACAUUUCGUAGGGGCUAGCUGGAACCAUGCCUUGGUGUAGCAGCCUUUUGCUCCUGGAGUAAAAUGUUUAUUACAAUCAAAGUUACACACCCCUUAAUCUUAGGGUAAAGACUUAGUUACAAGUGAAUCUGUUCAGUGGCUUAGAACUUAAAUUAUUCCUUUUUGAAACCUGGAGCAUGUGGUAUUUUUCCAAUCCCCUUAGAAUUUUUUUCUUGUAAAUCAUCAUAUUUAAGGACUGGUCACUGUAGAACAGAACAAAAAGUUUUACUCUUAUAGUUCAUACUGUGUUACCAACAACAUGUUGUGGAUUAGGGUGAGACUUAGAAGUUGUCCCAAUGAUCAAGCUGAACUUAACCAAACGUUUGAACGUUAAGGGUAAUUUCACUUCACUGCUCGUUUAAUCUUUGUAAUGCUGAAAUUUUGUAAGGGUUAUACAAAACUACUUCAACCUUAAUGUUAAGCUAAGGCUUUUUUAUGUGGCAACAACAUUUAUUCUGGUAACAAGAACCUUGCUGAUCUGCAGGGAGUAAAAAUUAAAAAAAAGUACCUCAGAAUUUGUCUGCUCCUUUGCUUUGUGUUUCAGUAAUUCUCUCCCCAUUCAUGAAGGCUUUGGAGUAAAUCAGCUGAUGGAAUAAGAAGCUGAGGGCAGUAGUCUGGUGCUGGCAAACAAUUUGAAAUACUGAGUAGAGAGGUUUGCAUAAUUCACUGCAGAAGAACUACCCUUUAGCAAAUUAUUCCCACUUCAGCUAACGAUGUGUCAGCCUAAGGAAUUCUAGAUGGCACAUUAGAAGCUCAAGAGUUAUGAACACCAGAGUUAUGAACUGACCAGUCAACCACACACCUCAUUUGGAACCAGAAGUACACAAUCAGGCAGCAGCAGCAGCGACAAAAAAAAAACAACCACCAAAUAUAGUACAGUGUUAAACUACUUACAAAAAUAAAGGAAAGCAGCAUUUUUCUUCUCCAUAAUAUGGCUUUGAAACUUUACUAAGUCAAUUUUCAGUUGUUAACUUUUGAAAGAACAACCAUAAUGUUUCGUUCAGAGUUACGAACAGUCUCCAUUUCCAAGCUGUUCAUAACUCUGAGGUUCUACUAUAUGUCAAAGAUAAAAUAGGUGUGGGUUUCAGAUUUAUGCAAUCAUUAGCAUGCAGAGAAUUGCAUAACUGCUUAUCCCUCUUAACUGGAAGAGACAGUACAUUUCAAGGUAACUGAAAAUUAAAUUAAGGAAAAACAGGAGCAUAAUGUGUUACUAUAGCAACCAAGGCCUAAAUAGCACAUAUGGUCCCUAUGACUAGUGUCCAUUCUUCCCUAAUCCAAAACUUAACAGAAUAUUAAAAAUAUUAAGUAUUACUAUUCAACAGGAAAGAAAUUUAGAGACUGACCCACAGUCUGAAAUUAGGCUACCUUACUAUUCUUAAAUUGUAGUCUGCAGUAAGAUGGCUGGUCACAUGAUGCACCAGUGUCAAUAGCUGAGAAAGACAGACUGAUGGAAGAUAAAUGCAGAGCAGAAACAGCAUAAUUCACAUUUCUUGAAAGAGGGCAAUAAAUACAGGCAAAAAUACAUUAAAUACAUUCCGAAUAUUUGCAUGCGUAAGCACUGCUGUAGUUGCCUAGGGAUUUGAAAACUUGUGCAUGCCACCUAUUGUGGUCAAUACAGAGAAGAGUAUUUGUGAUAAUUUAGAAUUUCUAGAGAUAAUUUAAGACACUGAUGUCUAAAUGGGCACACGAUCGCAGAACUACAUGCAUCUAAAUAGACAUCUUAGAAUUGUAAGACAUUGCACUGAAGAAUAACACUGAAGCUUAAACCUAAAUUUAAUUUAUUUUAUUAAAAUAAGAUAAUCAGAGGAACCUUGGUUUACAAUAAAAGGCAUUUUCUUGGAGCAAUAAAAACAAAAUUAAAACCCAAAUCAGCAAGAAAAACUGUAUACACUCAGUUUCCUCUUUUAUAGUGCAUCUCUUGGAAGACAGCAUCAAAUGAGUUGAAGUUGCUGUGUGUUUUGCAGAAAUAUUAGCCUUUCCUCAUCCAAAAAAGCCUGUCAUUCCGCACUUGAUACCUCAUUGGGCUGUAAGAAAAGUCAAUAGUACCAAAAAAGCUUCUUAAGUUACUGGAGAGGACCAUAGCAAGAUUGUGCUAGAUUCCUUCUCUGAGCAGUACUAUUCAGAAUAUAUUCCACUCCUCUGCAGAAGUUUUUCUUCUAUGUGCAAAACUAUUUUUGUGUUGAUGUAGCAAUUUGUUAUAACAGAUUUCAUCUGCUUCAUGAGUACUCUUCGCAGAAGCUGAUCGCCAGAAUUAGUUUCUUUCUCUUUCCUCAGUCUUGUUUGUAGAUGGCCAUUUUAGUCAAAGUCCCUCAACUUUACAGUGGCACGUGGCAUGGGACAUCCAAAAAACAGUACCAAUCUGCAAUAUUUCUUUCCUCAAAUGCUGAGUCAUUCUUGCUAUAAAAAUACCAAUUUAUUAAACAGAAUCAAGACACAAAACUGCCAAAGAAAUGUCCAUCUUUUCUGCUAUGGGAAAAUAAGGCUCAAGUGCAUCUAUUAAAAAAAAAUAGUAAUAGAUUUUCUUGAUUAAAGUCUCAGUUAACUCUAUCCCAAUAAAAGAAAUGGUAGAAAAAGGCAACAUGGAGAAAUGUCCCUGUAGGAUUAGAACUGUAGAAAUCCUUAGCAGCUUGUUCUUAAAACUGGGAGACAGAUAAUCCAGCUGGCAUUGCAAUCCUGUACAUUGAGGCAUUAAAAAGCACAACUGCUAUGACUGUUUUUCUUUCUCAUUAUUGGUUAGAGCAAGGGAGAGAGCGUGCAAUCCUAAAAAAUAGGUAGUCUUGUGGAUGUUAAUGUGCAUGAAUUUAUGUCCUCUGUGUGGGCUGCACGAUGCAGAGAAGGUUCAGAAGCGCUACGGUUGAUUUUGGGUAAAGAAUGCUGCAGCAAUUCAAUGGAAGACAGUAUCUGCAAAAAAAAAUGAACACCAAAAGGAAACUUUUAUUUCAAGAAGGUCUGUUAGAAACAACGUGCCUGAAAAUCUGUUUUUAAUCCCAAACCUCAGUUUAUUAUGGGAUUUGAGUGUCCUUCAAGAUCAGUAAUUGGCUUUCAUUGGAACACUGGUCAGAAUUGUCUAGUUAUAGUAACCUGCCGGUUGAGUAGUCAAAGCAUGGCAUAUCAGGCUGAAAGGGCUAUACUACAUAAAGGUUUAUAAUAGCAAUGAAAACUUAAGUGAGUAAUUGCACAGUGGUGGGAUUCCUUCCUCAAAUUCUUCCAUAUGAUGAUCAGCAAGUUUCCUCUAAAAGAGAUUAAGAAUAUAAAACCUGCCACAUUGGGUCAGAAAAUUGGGUCCAUCUUGCCCAGUAUCCUGUCUCCGACAGUGGCACAUACCAGAGCUUCAGGGGGCAUGUACGGAACAGUGCAAUGAUGGAGUCAUUCAUCUAUCUUCCACUCCAGGCUUCUGGCAGUCAGAGGUUUAGGGUCACCAUGAGCACGGCAUUGCAGCAUCCCCAACAAUUCUGGCUAAUAGCUAUUGAUGGACCAUGAAUUUAUCUAGAUCUUUUUGGAAACCAGUUAUACUUUUGGCUAUUACAACAUCCCAUGGCAAGCAGCUCCCCAGGUUAGUUGUGUGAAAAGAGUACUUCCUCUUGUUUGUAUUAAACCUACUGCCUAUUAAUUUCAUAGGGUGACCCUUUUUUUUUUUUUUUUUUAUUGUGUGAAAGGAUUAACACUUCUCCCUCGCCUUCCAUGAUUUUAUUUAGAUGUCUCUUUCCUAAGAUGAAGAGCCCUAAUUUUUUUUUUAAAUCUCUCAUAUAGAAGUCGUUCCAUACCCCUGAUCAUCUUUGUUCCCCUUCUCUGAACCUUUUCCAAUUCCACUAUAUCCUUUUUGAAAUGCAGCAAUCAGAAUCGGACAUAGUAUUCAAGUGUGGGUGCACCAUGGAUUUAUAUAAUGGCAUCAUAUUUUCUGUCUUGUUUUCUAUCCUUUUUCUAACACGCUGUUAGCCAUUUUGACAAUUGAUACACAUGGAGCAGAAGUUUCCAGAGAACAAUCCACAGUGACUCCAAGAUCUCUUUCCUGGGUGGUAACAGCUAAUUUAGAACCCACCAUUGCAUUUGUACAGUUUGGUUUAUUUUUUCCAACAUGCAUUACUUUGCACUUAUCUACCUUGAAUUUCAUCUGCUUUUUUGUUGCAAUUUUGUGAGAUCCCUUUGUAACUCUUCACAGUCAGCUUUGGACUUAACUAUCUCGAAUAAUUUUGUAUCAUCUGCAAACUUUGUAUCAAGUGCAAACACUUCUCUGUUCACCCCCUUUUGCAGAACAUUAAUGAAUAUGCUGGAUAGCACAGCUCCCAACACAGAUUCUUGGGGGACCCUGCAGUUCACAUCUUUCCACUGUGAAAACUGACCAUUUAUUCCUACCCUUUGUUUCCUAUUUUUCAAACAGUUACUGAUCCAUGAGAGGACCGUCCCUCUUAUCCCCUAGCUAUUAGCUUCCUUAAGAGCCAUUGGUGAGGGACCUUGUCAAUGAAUUUCAGGAAGUCCAAGUACACUGUAUCAACUGGGUCACCCUUUCCACAUGCUUGUUGACUCCCUUGAAUUCUAGUAGAUUGGUGAGGCAUGACUUCUCUUUACAAAAGCUGUGAUGAUUCUUCCCCAACAAUCUAUUUGUCUGAUAUCUAUGUGUCUGAUAAUUCUGUUUUUUAUUAGUUUCUUCUAAUUUUCCAGGUAAAGUCAGGCUUACCAGUCUAUAAAUGCCAGAAUCUCUUUAAGCUCUUUUUAAAAGUAAGCACUACAUUAGCUACCUUCCAGUCAUCUGGUACAGAGGCUGAUAAUAAAUUACAUACCACAGUUGUUAGUUCUGCAGUUUUAUAUUUGAAUUCCUUCAGAACUCUUCAGUGAAUAACUAACUGAUCCUUGUGACUUGUUACAUUUUAGUUUAUCUAUUUGUUCUAAAACCUUUUCUACUGACAUCAAUUUGGGCCAGUACUUUAGUCUGUCACCCAAACAGAACAGCUCUGAUGUGGGUAUCUUUUUUAGUGAAGAACAAUGCCAAUGAUUCAUUUAAUUUCUCUGCAAUGGCCCUGUCUUCCUUGAGUGCUCUAACACCGUUAUCAUCUAAUGGCCCUACUGUCUGUUUGGCAGACUUCCAGCUUCUAAUGUACUUAAAAAAAAAUUAGUUUUUGCAUCUUAGCAAGUUGCUUUUCAAAUUCUUUCCUGUCCCACCUUAUUAUACUUGUACAUGUUACUUGCUAGAGUUUGUGGUCCUUUCUAUUUUCUUUAUUACCUUUUGACUUCCAAAUUUUAAAGGAUGUCUUUUUGCCUUUAACAGCCUCCAUUACUCUGCUCUUUGGUGGUCCUACCUUUUUUUUUUUUUUUUUUUUUUUAAAAACACUAGGGGUAUAGAUUUAGUCCAAGGGUCUAUUAUGUUGUUUUUAAGUAGUCUCUAUGCUGCUUGCAAGCAUUUUACCUUUGUGACUGCUCUUUUUAAUUUCCAUCUAACUAGUUUUUAAAAGUUAUAUGAUACUGUGGUGGGUUGCCUCCUUUUUUGGGGGGGUAAUUUCCCACCUACAAGGAUGCUAAAUUUAAUUAGAUUAUGGUCACUAUUACCAAGCAGUUCACCCAUAGUUACCUCUUGGACUAGAUUCUGUGUUCCAUUUAGGACUAUAUCAAAAAUUACCUCUCCCCUUGUGGGUUCCAAGACUAGCUGCUCCGAUCAGCAGCCAUUUAUAGUUUCUCUAAAUUUUGUCUCUGCAAAGGGAGAUGGUGGGGAGAAUUGUAUGCUCUGACCAUAGUCUUAGAAUUUAAGAAUCAGAAUUUAGAGAUAAAUAUUCUCAACAAAAAAAGUUUUAUUUUAUCAGAAAAAUGGAUAUUUUUAUAAAAUCCCACCCAUGCCAAAACAAAAAAUCCAAUGGCUAAGGGGAAGUAUGUAACUUAUGAACCCUUUUGUUGGGAAGCUGAGGGAAGGCAUCUUUGUCAAAAUACUCAAAAAUGGCCUCACAAACUACCCAGAGCAGGUUUAUUUUGGAGUGAUACUGAAGAAAAAAACGGGGAUUCAAAUAUGGAUAAGGCAAACUGGCAAAGUUAAUGCAAACAAAUAAAUUCAAAUGUGAAUAAGCCACAGUCAUCUGGAAGUAAACGGUUUUAAUGCUGCCCAACUAACAGUAUCUACAUCAGCAUAUGUAAGAUGACGUUUUUUAAUGACAUUUGCAGAAUUAAGUGCAGUUUAGGUUAUUAAUUGUCAAGUGCUUAAGGAAGCAGGCUCAUGCAGGGCAUGGAUCUCAAAAAUAUAUAUCAAGCAUAGGAUACAAGUAGCACUUCAGUGCUAUCCCUCAGUUUUCAGUGGAUUUGUCUUCCUUCUUCACUACUGAACUUCAUAUUCUUAAUACUAUUUCUACAGAGUCUUUUUGUGAAACAGAAUAUGCAAUGGAUAUUUCUAUGACUGGUUUAAAAAUGAAACUGAAUAAAAAAUAGACUCCUACCUGUGGAAAUAGAGGUCUUUCCUCCUUAACUUUCUUCACACAAUCUGCUACAAGCCUCUUCAUAGCUUUGGGACAGUUCUUGUACAGUUUACUGAGGUCUGGAGAUGCAUAACCUCGACCAACCAUAAAAAUGAUCUAAACAAGGAGGCACAAACACAGGCAAUCUGAACACCAUUGGUGUGAAUUAUUUCACGCCAUUUAAUACCGUCUUUAAUGUGGAAGUACUGAAGGCAGGGAGGCAGCAGGUCCUACUGUAGUCAAAUGUUUGUCAAAAUUAAUGAACUGGAAUUGUGGUCCUGCUUUUCCAAUGUACGACAUUGCCAGUCUAACAUUUAAGUGACACCGCAGAGUUAGUUCAUAACUUCUUCAUGUAUUAAUUUUUAUAUAAUUUAUAAUAGCAACAAGACCAGAGUCUAGAGCGUUUUCUGACAUAACUUGCUGGAGUUGAAGGCUUCAAGUGACAAAGAACACUAACUCCAGCCAGAAAGCCAGUCCAAUUUAUGUCAUUACUCAUUAAUCUACCAAUACAUUUUGACUGAUCAAUCAACACAAAACAGUAUUUUUAUGUUUAACUAAAAACUCCUUGUCAGACCACGUAUCUAUUUAGAGGGGGCUAUAAAGCGGAAGAAGGCCUCUUACAAUAUUUAAAUGUGAAGGAAAUUUUUUUUUCUGAAGAUAAGCUUCAGUUUUCUUAGAUUGCAAGCUAAGAUGCAAAACAGUGUCUGCAGGUUUUGUUUCUUCUUGAGUAGCAGAACAUUGACUCAGAUUUAGCAAUACUGUUAUUCAGGCUUUAAUGAACCUUACCAAUGUGAUCAAGGUGGCUAACAGACAUCUAGUGAUUUCUUGGCCCAGAUUAAGCUAAUAUUAUAACUCAGGAUUUGGUCUGUACAUAUAGCUUAAUAAAAAUAUUGCAACAACUGUAUCACACUUAAAUAUAAUUCAAAACUGCUAAAGUUCCCAAAUAAGAAACCAAUUGCCUAACAUUAAAUAAAGUUGCUGAAAUAAGAGUCUUACUACAGGACAUGGGGAAAUGUUCCAUCUGUUUCAGAAAUAAAUACUGGUAUUUAUUUGAAUGGUAACAAGACAACCAUGUUAAUACUACUGAUAGGCCAAUGUUUUAGAACAGGGAUGGAUGUUUAAAGCUUCCACAUAGUUCAAGUAUAAUGGCAUACUGAGAAUUUAAUAGGAUUGUUUCAAAAAAAUCCAAGUUUGUUUUCUAAUUUGAUGUUCAAAGUAGUUACAAUUUAAGGGUAACAAAUGUGGCCUUCCUGUGGUUUCGAGUAUGGACUAAGAUAUUCUAGAUCUUUUUAGCCAACAGUUUAACUAGUUUUCUUCCAUUACUCAUUACUAAAGCUUCAAAAAGAACUCAGAUCAAAAGACACUAGAGAUAAAGUUGGCCUAUGAGUUUAAGAACAUACCGUGCCAGUGCAGAUUACUGGGGGAAACAUAUUUAUUAAUAAAUUAAUAGGAUACUUGAAUUUGGCAAAACAUUCAGGAAUAGAGAAUAUUUUUUUUUCACUAAUUUGUUUUUAAUUCAGUAAAUUUCAGGAUAAUUCCAAAGUGUCAAGAUUCCUAGAUAUUAAUGUGCUACUGUUAUGCUGGGUCAUAUGAAAGAAGUUCUGUAUUAAAAAUCACAAAUUAGUUUGAUUCCCCAUAGUUUAAAUUUCAGGGUAUUACUAAUUAAGAGGUCUCUUGGGUUUUGGUCUCUUAUUUUUACUGUUUCUCUCCCUCUCUGUGUGAAACCUGCAAGCUGCUAAUUGUGUUAGUACAUCCUAAGACAGAGUCUGUUCUCAAAGCAAUACUUUGUAACAACAACUCCUCACACAGAGAGAGACUCAAAGCGAUACUUUGUAACAGAAACAGCACACACAGACUCCCCGCCCUUUUGUUGUAUUCAUCUCGCUUUGUUAACAAUUGUGAUUAAAAUAGAGAUAGAGGAUGUACGUGGAUGGAUGCUUGGUGUGGAUAAUAAAUGAAUGAUCAGGGAGGUGCAAACCUAAGAAUCCACUGUCGAUCAGCUGAAGAAGGCGUCAAGUGGAAACAACCAGAGGACCCCCAGAGGGCAGACUGGAAUCCACCCAGCAGCCUCAAGGAUGGGAGAACCAAAGAACAAGAUAACAUCUGGCAGCAUGGAGCCGUAAGGAAUGUGCCAUCUGCUGAUUGCUUCAGCAACAACAUGAUGAAGUAAUUCCCAUAGACUGGCAUAGGAAGAAAUUCCUAUAAAAAUGGACUCUAGAAACUGAGAAAUAUGGGGUCUGAUUCUGCAAACCAACUUCCAGGAGCAUCAGAUGAGCAUCUGACAAGGCCCUGCUCCCUCCUAGUGUCCAGGCCACCUGGCCAGUGGAUUGGCACGAGCGACUCUAAAGCUGGUAACUAUGAUAACAGCCUUGCAGAACCUGUGCGUGUGUAUGAAUGAACGUGUGAAUAAAUAUGAAAUUGAAUGGAAUGUUAUAGCUAUAAGUGCUUACUAUGACUCUUUCUGUAUUCACAAUAAAUGUGGCAUUUUGCCUUAUUCCCUUUA